UUCAUAUAGACUAGGCUGCAUGAUGCUCUUAUAUGACUGGAGCUCUUUGCAAAUGUGCCUGUCCCUUUAAAGAAAGGGAAAGCUGCUUCUCACACUCUGCCUCUGUGGGUGAACACAAGGUGCUGGGAUUGAGCUGCUUGAUGCCAAAUCAAGGGAAAGUAAAGACAGAGCACAGUGGAAGAAAGGAGAAGAGGAGAUCUGCUGGAAAAAGAGCUCUCAUGUUAAUGAAAUAGUCAUCCGGAGAACUGUCCAGACUUCAGCAUGGCUUUUCAUGUGGAGGGGCUGAUAGCCAUCAUUGUGUUCUACUUGGCCAUCCUCUUUGUGGGAAUAUGGGCUGCAUGGAAAACUAAAAACAGCGGCAGUGAUGUAGAUCGUAGUGAAGCUAUUAUAGUUGGCGGAAGAGAUAUUGGCUUGCUGGUUGGUGGAUUUACCAUGACUGCCACUUGGGUUGGAGGUGGUUACAUAAAUGGGACAGCGGAGGCCGUGUAUGUACCAGGCUGUGGGCUGGCCUGGGCACAGGCACCCAUCGGAUAUGCUCUUAGCCUGGUUGUAGGAGGUUUGUUUUUUGCAAAGCCCAUGCGUUCCAAAGGUUAUGUGACAAUGUUGGAUCCAUUUCAGCAAAUUUAUGGAAAACGGAUGGGAGGGCUUAUCUUCAUACCUGCUCUGAUGGGGGAAAUGUUCUGGGCUGCAGCCAUCUUUUCUGCAUUAGGUGCCACCAUAAGUGUGAUCAUUGAUGUCAAUAUCAAUAUUUCUGUUAUUAUUUCUGCCCUAAUUGCAAUUCUGUACACGCUGGUGGGAGGACUUUACUCAGUAGCCUAUACUGAUGUGGUCCAGCUGUUCUGCAUUUUCCUAGGACUGUGGAUCAGUGCUCCAUUUGCCAUGUCCCAUCCUGCAGUAACAGAUAUUGGAUACACAGCUGUACACACGGUCUUCCAGGAGCCUUGGCUUGGAUCCAUUAAAGCAUCUGACAUCUACAAAUGGCUUGACGAUUUCCUCUUGCUGAUGUUAGGAGGAAUCCCAUGGCAAGCAUAUUUCCAGCGAGUCCUCUCUUCCUCAUCUGCAACAUAUGCACAAGCAUUAUCAUUUCUGGCUGCUUUUGGAUGUCUUGUGAUGGCAUUACCUGCAAUACUCAUUGGUGCAAUUGGAGCAUCAACAGCUUGGAACCAGACGGAAUAUGGUGAUUUAGACCCCAAGAAGAAAAACGAAUCUGACAUGAUUUUACCCAUUGUCCUCCAGUACCUUUGCCCAGUGUAUAUCUCCUUCUUUGGCCUUGGGGCUGUGUCCGCUGCUGUAAUGUCAUCUGCCGACUCUUCCAUCUUAUCAGCGAGUUCCAUGUUUGUGCGGAAUAUUUACCAACUUUCUUUUCGGCAAAGUGCAUCUGACAAAGAAAUAGUCUGGGUCAUGCGAAUUACCAUUUUCGUGUUUGGAGCAUCAGCAACAGCAAUGGCCCUAUUAGCUCAGUCAGUUUAUGGGCUCUGGUACCUGAGCUCCGACCUGGUUUACAUCAUUAUCUUCCCCCAACUCUUAUGUGUCCUCUUUAUCAAAGGAACUAACACCUACGGCGCCAUUGCAGGAUAUUUCUUUGGCCUCAUACUCCGAAUUACUGGAGGAGAACCAUAUCUACGCUUACACCCCUUGAUUUUCUAUCCUGGUUGGUAUCAAGAUGAUGGCCUCUACUAUCAAAGAUUCCCUUUUAAGACAUUAGCCAUGCUUACCUCCUUCAUCACUAACACUGGAGUCUCCUAUCUUGCAAAAUACUUAUUUGAAAGUGGCACUUUGCCACCAAAAUUAGACUUCCUGGAUGCCGUUGUUGCCAAGUACAGUAAGGAGAACAUGGACAAGACCACUCUUGUGAAAAGUGACAAUAUUGUUCUAAAUGAGCUGACCCCUGUGAACCCUCGACACAGUUUGACUCUGAGCUCCACCUUCACAAAUAAAGAGGCCUUCAGUGAUAUUGAUUCAAGCCCUGAGGUAUCCAUUGAGGAAGAUAAUUGACAGCAACCCAGCUGAAAAGAAAUCCCGCUUUCACAUCCACCACAGUGCAACAGGGUAUGCCACAAAGGGAGAUUAGAAGCAUUUUAGUAGAGGGAGGAAAUUGGAUGGGGGCAGGGGAAAGACCCACUGCACAAUUCUCUUCAACUCAUUUCUAGGAACAGAAAUAGUCUGUUGAAUAAAUUGCUAUUACAAAAUGUGCUGGAAUAGAAUAACUACCCUUGCAUUUGAAUGAAAUGAAAUACUAAAGA